UAAACAAAAGAAGAAGGAGCCAUUGGAACGAUGCAUUCGGAAAUGCAAAUGGCUGCUGAUCGAUGAAGGCAGAUGAAGGCAUCUCGUGUUACCUCGCCACGCGACUUGAGUCGAUUUGAGAGUUUCAUUGCGCUGUGCGAUUCCCGUCAAAGUUGAGAGGCGUAAAAGGAUAACCUCCCAAAAAUUGGGCGAGUCCACGACCGGACUCCUCCGAGGGUGAACGCGGUCGCGGUUAGCAAUGGCGAUCUCGUCGGCGAACGUGACCGUGUCGAGCAUCCUGAAGAACAAGAGCUCGUUCGACGACGAGCCGCGGAAGAAGAGUCGGGAGGACUGGCGGAAGGCGAAGGAGCUCGAGGAGGCGAGGAAGGCUGGCACGGCGCCCGCGGCCGUCGACGAGGAGGGUAAGGACAUCAAUCCGCACAUCCCGCAGUACAUCAGCGCGACGCUAUGGUACUUCGGCUCUCAGGGGCCCACCCUGAAGCACCAGAGGCCGCAGCCCGAGAAGCAGAGGCAGUUCAGUUCGAUCGACGCGUGGUACAAUCGCGGGGUGGACGCCUCGCUGGCGAUCGUCAAAUAUCGCAAGGGCGCCUGCGAGAAUUGCGGCGCGAUUACACACCGUAGGAAGGACUGCAUGGAGAGGCCGCGCAAGGUCGGCGCCAAGUACACCAACGUGAGGAUAGCGCCGGACGAGUUCACCCAGCCGGAGCUGUCCAUGGAUUACGACGGCAAGAGGGACAGGUGGGCCGGUUACGACCCCUCCGAGCAUCGGUCGAUCGUGGAGGAGUAUCAGAAAAUAGAGGAGGCCAAGCGGCAGAUGCGCGCCGAGAAGCUCGACGCGGAGGAGGAGAACGACGAGCAGGACUCGGACAAGGACGAGGACAAGUAUGUCGACGAGGUGGAUAUGCCUGGCACGAAGGUCGAUUCCAAGCAGCGCAUCACCGUGAGGAAUCUCCGGAUUCGGGAGGACACCGCCAAGUAUCUGCGCAAUCUCGAUCCAAACUCGGCGUACUACGAUCCGAAGACCAGGUCCAUGCGCGACAAUCCUUACGCCGGUACGGAUCGCGAGGUGGACUUCAAGGGGGAGAACUCUGCGCGCUUCUCGGGGGACACGCAGCAGCACGCCAAUGCGCAGCUGUUCGCCUGGGACGCGCACGAGAAGGGCGUCGACGUGCACUUGUUGGCUGAGCCUACUAAGCUCGAGCUGCUGAAGCAGGAGUACGAUAAGAAACGCGACGAGUUGAAGGACAAGGCGCGCGACAGCGUCAUCGAGCGUUACGGAGGUGAGGAGCAUCUUAAGGCGCCAUCCAAGUCUCUACUGCUGGCGCAGACCGAGCAUUACGUGGAGUAUUCGAGGUACGGCAAGAUAAUCAAGGGUCAGGACAGACAGGUGAUACGGUCCAAGUACGAGGAGGACGUUUAUCCCAACAAUCACACGUCGAUCUGGGGUUCCUACUGGCAGGAUGGGAAAUGGGGUUACAAGUGCUGUUACUCCUUUAUUAAAAACUCGUACUGCACCGGAGAGUCGGGAAAGAGAGCGGCGGAGGCAGCGAGCAACAGUACGCCAGACAAGAUCCCAUCAGAACCGGAAGAAACGGCCGACAAGCCGGACACAGUGGAGGACAAUUGUUCGUCUAGCAGCGAAUCCCCGUCCGAGGACGAAGACGUAAGAAAUAGGACGGAGAGGCAGAGCAAGUCGGCUAAGCGGAAAUUGAAGAAACAGAAGCGGAAGGAGAAUCGCAGGAAUAAAAAGCGGAAUAACGCGGAGCAAGACGAGGACAAGCUGAAGGAGGCGCUGAGGAAGGAGGAGGAAAGUACGAGGCGAGCGGACAGGAUGUUGGAGAUAGACGAGAGGAAGCGCCCGUACAACAGCAUGUACGAGGCCAAGGAAUUGUCAGCCGAGGAGAUAGAGGCGUAUCAAAUGAAGCGCAAACGCGACGAGGACCCGAUGGCCCAGUUUCUUUAAAGACAACGCUACCAAGUUUCUCUUGCAAUGUAAAACUAACUCGAUGUACAUAUGUUUUGUAUAAAGCCUGCAAUAUUAAUUUGUAUUAUUCUAUGAAGAGAGUAAAAUAUAAUAGUUUUGUUAAAA